AUGUAAAAUUAAGAAGAUCAAAGAAAAACAGAAAGUGAAAUGCCUGUUGAUGCAGUUGAACAUUAACUAACUCCAAUAAUUUAAAAGAAUCUCAUUCCUGAUUAAAAAGGAGUAGUUUCUCCAUUUGCUCCAGCUGAUAACGGUUUAACAUAAUCAUCAUAUGAUAGUGAAAGUGGAUUUGAAGUCAAGGAAAGUGAUAUCACAAUGUAAGGACCAAUCAAUCCCAACAAUAUGGAUCAAUAUUUGCAGGAUUUAGAUAGAAAGGAGUUGA